CUGGCUGCUUGUUACCUGCGACAAACGGACGAGAAGCGUUUGGCAUUCUAGUCUGGCCACGGGCCGGAGCGAGUCAAAGUGCUGCAUUAAAUUUGUUUUCCUUCCGUUGAUCCUUUGACGGAUCUUAACUUUAUUCGCAGUGCAGUGAUCUUUAGAUAGCAAUAAGCAAACAUGGCAGAAGUCGAGGCACGCACUGUGCUCUGGUACAUGACGUUCAUAGGAUUCAUUGUCAACUAUAUGUUGCGCAUCAAUCUGAACAUCACUAUUGUGGACAUGAUCGCUAUCAAGCCAGAGAAUGUAUCCCUUCAGCCCCUGAACAUUUCAACCCCACUCAAUGUGACUAGCAUUCCACUCAAUGUGACCAGCCUUCCACUCAAUGUGACCAGCAAUGCAACAACAACAACAACAACACUCAGUCUCAUUGAAACCGCAUACGCAGAGCGCUAUUCGUGGGAGCGACAGUUUCUUGAUUGGGCAAACAUUGAGUACGAACGAUAUGGCUUCCAUUGGGACGAGGGGAAGCAGAGCAAUCUUUUGGGUUCCUUCUUCUGGGUGCAUUGGUUGCUCCAAUUGCCCGGCGGCGUGUUGGCUCGCAAAUAUGGCACCAAGCUGGUGUUUGGUCUCUCCAAUGGCAUCGGCGUCUUCUGCUGCUUCCUCAUACCGAUCUUCGCCUACUGGAGCUAUACAGCGCUGAUCUGUCUGCGCGUCUUCCAGGGAUUCGUUACGGGCAUGGCUUGGCCAUCGAUGCAUGUGAUGACGGCUAAAUUGAUUCCGCCAAAUGAGCGAAGUAAGUUUGUCAGUGCCUAUCUGGGCAGCUCGGUAGGUGUGGCGCUGUUCUAUCCCAUAUUCGGCUACAUCAUUGCCUGGUCCUCUUGGGAAUGGGUUUACUACAUCUGCGGCGUUUUCGGCAUGCUUUGGUUUGUUGCCUGGCAAUUUCUGGUCUUCGACAGUCCCGCGCAGCAUCCGCGCAUUGCGCAGUCGGAGCGUCGCUACAUUGAGAAGUCACUGGGCGCCUCGGUGCAGAACAGCACGCCAGGACCAACGCCCUGGAAGCAGAUUGCCUGCUCGCGUCCAGUGUGGAUGAAUGUGGUGGCCCAGUGGGGCGGCAUCUGGGGUCUGUUCACACUGAUGACACAUGGUCCUACGUACUUCCGACUGAUCCAUCACUGGAAUAUAAGAGCUACGGGCUUCCUCUCGGGUUUGCCGCAUUUGAUGCGCAUGCUUUUCGCUUACGUCUUCUCCGUAUUCGCCGACUACUUACUCCGCACGGAUCGCUUGAGUCGCACCAAUGUGCGCAAGCUGGCCACAGCUAUUUGUUGUGGCGUCAAGGGUUUUGUUGUAUUGGCCUUAGCCUACUUUGGCUAUACUGCAACCGCAGCCAUUGUGCUGGUGGCUACAGCCACCAUGUUCCAUGGCGCUGUCUCCUCUGGUCCACUGGCCUCCAUGGUGGAUCUCUCUCCCAACUAUGCCGGCAUUGUGCUCGGUGUUAGUGGCAUGAUUGGCGGCAUGCCCGGCUUCAUCUCACCCUACAUUGUCGGCAUUCUAACGAAGGGCAAUCAAACCAUUGAGGCCUGGAAGAAUGUGUUCAUGCUAACGGCAGCUAUGUUAAUAGGCAGCGGUGUUUUGUACGUCUUCUUCUCGGAGUCCACGCUUCAACCGUGGAACAGUGGCAGCCAUUCGCUGCCCGAUGCGGGUCUCAAGGAACUGCAGCUGCUGGAGGAGAAGCUGCCGCUGCAGAGUGAUGGCAAGGAGAAGGAAGAGGAGCUGGAGCCGGAGCAGAAGCCGGAAGAGCAGCGGGAGAAGGAGACGGAGGUGGAUACUGCCGAAGUGAGGCGUCAGAACUGAUAAGCCAAAUUAGCACCAGCGGGUGUCAGCUUUAUUGUCAUAAGUCCAUUUUAGUUAUAGCCCCCAUUGUGUUGGCCGCCGCGUCUGGCAAACAAAGUUAUCACAGCUCAUCUCGUAUUUGCACUGAGAUUGGGCGCGUUGUCACCACACCACAUCGUCGUCUAGUGUUAACUCUUUCUCUAAAUUUAAAUAACAUAUUAGAAUUUUUGUUAUUGUGCUGUGUGCUCUUGGCUAACGCGAUCACGAUCAUUCCAUGAACUUGUUGCCUGUUCUCAUUGCGUUUUGUUUUGGCAAAUAAAAUGUGGGAACUCAAUGUAAACAGAAGGCUCAAAGGCCCAAUU